AUUCUCUUUACUCCUGUCUGUCUUCGCAUUAGUCCGAGUCACUGGGAUCUGAAAUCUACAUUCGUUUUUCACCAACAGAAUCAGUACAUAAAGUCCAUUAUGACCAGUCACCCUCAGAUUCCUACCCCUGCACAUACGCAAGCCGACUCAAUGCUAUCUCGGCAGUUUGGCAGAGAGACCGUAAACUACUUUUCCAGCUCGCCUCUAAAUCGGCUCUCAUUUUUACGGACUGAGCAUUCUUUUCUUUCGGCAGCUAUUCGGCAUCCUUCUGCGCGCUUUGUACUUCUGAAGGAUCUUGCGCCUCUUACAAAGUCUCCCUCGGAGUUAUAUUAUGCGCAGUAUAACGAAGUUCAAAAGCUUGUUCCUGAGACGGUCUAUGAUAAAUCAGAAGAGGAGACAAUCAAGGAAUAUGACUCGCGGAAGACAGCCGCACAGCUAAUCUUCCUUGGGCUAGACGAGAGCCGUAAGCAGGAUGGGCUCGCUUGGAAGAUCUACACCGGUGCUCCCUUCUUUGCUCUUGACGUGACUCCAAAAGGCAAUGAAGAGCAACAGACCAAUGCCAAAGAUGUUAUCAAUGCCAUGGGCGAAAGGGGGCUGAGCUUCUUCCAAGCGAGGGUAGUUAUGACCUUUUCGGCUGACGAAGCUGCCAUUUACGCCCAAGCCCGUGCCCUUAUGGAUUGGAACAACCGGAAUAGCUUCUGUGGUACCUGCGGUCAUCCGACCCUAUCUGUGAACGCUGGUACAAAGCGUACCUGUCCACCUACAGACGCUGCCCGUAUCGCAGGGGGAAAACCAGCCGAACGGCCAGCUUGUAAUACGCGCACUACUCUCUCCAAUCUAUCUUUCCCGCGCACCGACCCGACAAUUAUUGUGGCUGUUCUUUCAACCGAUGCCAAACGGGUCCUCCUGGGCCGUUCAAAACGCUAUCCACCAAACUGGUACUCAACUCUUGCCGGUUUCAUCGAGCCAGCAGAGUCGGUCGAAGAUGCCGUCCGGAGAGAGGUUUGGGAAGAGGCGGGAGUUACUCUUUCACGUGUCAUUAUUCACUCAUCCCAACCAUGGCCCUACCCAGCAAAUCUCAUGAUUGGUGCAGUCGCGCAGGUUAGCGAUCCUGCUCAUGAAACGAUCAACCUAAGCCAUGACCCAGAGCUGGAAGAUGCGAAAUGGUUUGACGUCGAGGAAGUGCAGGAAGCCUUGAGAGUAGGCAUCAGUGCGCUGGGUGAAGGGCCCGGUCCGGAGUACAAGGAGGGCGGGUUGAGACUUCCGCCACCAACUGCCAUCGCGAACCAAUUGAUUAGAGCAGCUAUCAACAUCGAUCUCUUGACAGAAGACAAGGCCUCAAAGAUGUAGGCAACAAAGCUUUUACGGCUUCUUCUUCCUGUCUAAUGUCUUUCGCCGUCUAUAUACUCAUGUUAUCAAUAUUAUAGACUACAGCAUAGAGCGAGUUGCUUCGUAUGUGAUACUUGGAUAUGAUUCCGUUUUGAUACAGAAAGAAAAUACACAAAGUU